AUGAAGAACUCAAUGGUAUCAGAAGAAAACAUCGAUCUUACACUUACUCUCUCGCUCGGUCCCGCUCCUCCUGUUUCCCAUCCUCCAACUCACCCUCCUGAAACUAACCUUUCCGUAAUGGACAUGUCAAUGCUUUUCCCUGAUCCUAACCCUAAUCCUCUCUUUGCAUCAUCCUCCAACAAUAACAACAUCACUAACCUUUCGUUAGUGUCGUCGUCUUCCAUCGACACCGACAAUCCUCCUAAUGCGGACGAAGAUAUUUCCACCGCUGCGCCCUCUACUCAUCGUUAUCGUCGCCGGCCAUCUAACCGGCGAAGCAGAGGAGAAGACGAAACCAUCCCUCCACCAUUCCCUUGGGCGACGGAUCGGCAAGCCACCAUCCACUGCCGACAAUAUCUCUUGGAGAACAACAUUUGCACCAUCACAGGGACUGUUCACUGCAGGACGUGCGAGCAGGAGUUCCAGUUGAGUCUGGAUCUCGAGGAGAAAGCGGCUGAGUUACGCAGAUUCAUUCAGAGAAGAAAAGAUAGAAUGCAUGAUAGAGCGCCGGCGGCAUGGCUGAAUCCGGUGUUCCCAAAAUGCGCCCUUUGCGGCCAAGAAAACAGCAUUCGACCUGUGAUUGCGGAAGACAAGAAGCAAAUUAACUGGUUGUUCUUAUUGCUUGGCCAAAUGCUGGGUUGCUGCACUCUGGAUCAUCUCAAACAUUUCUGCAAGUUCAACGGCAGCCAUCGAACCGGUGCCAAAGAUCGUCUUCUUUAUCUCACCUACAUGAAGCUCGCCGAACAGCUUCAACCUCAAUGGUUUGAUUCUUAA